AUGGCAGAAGAAUGGAUUACUAAAUAGAUUGAUAAAUACAUUAUUGUUAAUUAAAAGCUGGGAAGUGGAGCAUUUGGUACUGUGUAUAGGGGAUUUAAAAAAAAUGAUGAAACUAAAUAGGUUGCUGUUAAAGCAAUAUCAAUUGCUGUAAGAAUAUUAGAAUAAUGAUUUUAGAGUAUCAAAGACUCAGCGAAGAUGGUGGAACACAUUAAAAGAGAGAUAUCUAUUUUAUAAUAGGCCAAUAAUCCUCAUAUUGUUAAAUUGUAUGAUGUUGCUAGAACACCACACUAUUUGUAUCUAUUUUUGGAAUAUUGUCAUGAUGGAGAUUUAAAGAAAUACUUAUCAACAAAAUAUGGAAGGAGAUUAAGUGAAGUACAAUAAUUUUAUAUAUAUAUUUUAAUUUCUUAGGUUGAGGCAGUCAUCUUUCUGAAGCAUUUAGUUGAAGGAUUCCGAACACUUCAUUAACUCAAAAUUAUACAUAGAGAUAUCAAACCUGCUAAUAUAUUGUUACAUAAAGGCGUAGCUAAAAUUACAGAUUUUGGAUUUGCUAGAGUGAUUGACACUGGAAUGAAUGGUAAAAUAAACAGUUUAAUCAAAUAGAUCCUGCUUAUUUUUCAAGAGUAGGAUCUCCCUUAUAUAUGGCACCUUAAAUAUUGGAGGGAUAACCGUUUUCCUCUAAAUGCGAUGUCUGGUCAAUGGGAGUGAUGUUAUUUGAAAUGCUUUAUGGAAAACCUCCUUGGGAUGGAGACAAUCAAUACAAUUUACUUUAGAAUAUUAAGAAAACUGUAUUAAUGAUACCUGAUGCUCCAGUAAGGAGUGAUAAAAUUAAGCAAUUAUUAAGACAUAUGUUGGUAGUAUAAGAGAAAGUAAGGAUAUAGAAAUUUACUAUUUUAUAGGAUAGAUAUUCUUGGGAAUAAAUUUUUAAUCAUGAAAUUAUACAGAUUUAAGAAGCUUAAAUAAAGAAUAAUUUAGAAUAGUUGAUGAAGGAGAAGGAUGAAUUGUCACGAUCUGAAAGUCUCAAUAAAUUAUACUUAGAAAUGAAUUUGGUUGUUGGUUAUUUAGAUUAGCCUGAAUAGAUACUUUAAGAACCAUCAACUCCUUAAUUAACAUAAGGAAAUGAAGAAAAACAAUCUGUAGAUGAUAUUAAUCAUGAAAAAGUAUCUUUUUUACUUUAAUAUUUUAUAGGGGUUAAAAAUUAUUAAUUAAUAUGAGACUGAAUAAAAACGUAGAAAAGCUAUGUUAAAAUAUAAUACUUACUUUUUAUUUGAAAGAAAUAUUGCUUUCUUCUUUAAUUAUGUGAUUUAAAAAAUAAUUAAGAUGUCACAUUAAGGAAUGCUUAAAUUGACCCAAGAAUUAUAUUAUUCAAUAAUUUUUUGUAUCUCCAAAAAUUAAAAUGUACAUCUUAAAAGGAUGUAUGAUUAAUUAAUGUCUACUAAUCCUGAUAAAUUUGAUAGAGAAACUUGGGGUAGGUAUUUAAUAAGUUAAGAAUAUAAGAAAAUAUUAACUGUAACAAAAAAUGAUAUUAAACAUACAGAGGAUUUUUAUUUAGAAAUUUAUAAGAAGGAAAAGCAAAUUAUUGAUAAAGAACUUACAUAACCUGAUAACAAAAGGGCAACCAAAAUAAAAUAAGUAUUGGAUGUUAAUUUUGAUCAAAAUAAUUUCUUUUAAUAACUUUAUCAGUCAGUUGUACAAGAAGGUUUAGACGUUAUUAAAACUUCUAUUAAAUAAACUAAAGAUUCUGAUCCUGUAUAUAAAGAUUUACUCUAAUUAGGAUGGUUUCUUGUAAUCUGUUUGAAUCCAUACUUAGAAUUUAAAGAUAUAAAUAUGGAUUUUAAUUAAUUCUAUGAAGAAAUGCAAACACUCACAGAAACAUAAUUUUUAGAAAAAAUUGGUAAACGUCUAGAUUUAUGA